AUGUCGGCAUCAAUGUGCACCACAAACUUAACUCACGAAUCCGAAACUAUCUCCAAAAUUGAAGGCAACCUACUCUCAAAGGAAGUCGAACUUUACAUGCUAGAAAUAGUAGUCAGUAUCGAAGAAAAGACCGUCCUAAAUCUCUUCCAUGAAGCCAAGCGCAAGAGAUUGGAAGCAAAAGAAUUCGGCAGUCAAUGGACGGAAAAAUCAGGUGCUUUGUUGUCGAAGAAAAAUCAACAUGAAUUAAUUGUCGAGAAUAUCCGUAUGCAUACUGCGUACCUGGAAAAGAUUCGUGGUGUUGAGGCAGGGAAUAAAGAGGGAUACACAUUUGAAGAGCAUCUGAAAAGGGAGAACAAGGAAUUGGAGAACAAAGUGGAAAGUCUUCAGCAAGCUCUGAAAGCUGCAAAAGCUUCUAUGGAAGAGGAAAUCAGUCGGUUGAAGGCUGACUUUGAUGCACUUGUGAUUACAAACCGCCACACAAGUGCUUCAUUGAACCAGGAGAUUGAAGGAUUGAAGGGGGACAAAGAAUUCCUUACGAUUACGAAUAGCGAUACAAAAAUUUCUAUGGGAAAUGUUAUUGACGAAUUGAAGGUUGAAGUUGCUUCACUCACGGCUAUCAAUCAUGGUCUGACAUCGACCACGGAGAAACAUGGUCAGUUGGAGGAGAGUAGGAGGAAAGAUUUCGGCCACAAAGUUGCACAGCUUGACAUGAAUAGUCAAGGUGCGAGGGCGAGCUUUCUUGAAAGUGCUAAGGAUAGCUAUACUAAUAAAUCGCGAAGGAGAUUGGAUUCGGGACGUCGACCUUCUAACAAUGUUUCAACCACGUGUGAUGGGGUUCGUAGACCAUCGGCUAGGACCACUAGCAACUAUAGAGUGGGAGGCAACCCUAAAGUGGGCGAUGACUGCCUGGUGCCAGCUCUGUACAAAUCGGUAAAAUCUGAUUUAUAUGAUCGUGAUGUUCGGGCUCCACAGGCAGUAGCAGACAGCCAUCAAGGUCGGGGUGCACAAUCAAAUGUCCAGGGGUGGUGGUAA